AUGGUGUUCUUCACCGUCUUCGCGACCAUCGAUUCCAUGACGCUUCUGUUCGCGAUGACUGGCCUUCUGGGAUCCAGCGCGUACUCCUUGAAAGCCAUCGCAGACUUAGAAUACGAUCUUAUCAACUCUGUGGACUUCUUCAAAGUCUACAACCAAGCGCACAGAAUCGAGCUGGCAUUCAUCGCGUUAAAUGCGUUCUCAGUCCUGCCAUUCGUGGCAAACUGGUGGCUGUCGCCUAUUCAGCUCUUAUGGGCAGUGGUCAAAGUCUUACGAGGCGUAUCCGGGGGCAACCAGAUAGACGAGAAAGAUGUCUUCAAGCCAGAGGUCUAUGGCCGCCAGCGGCGGUGGCAGAUGGCGGGCUUCUUCAUUUACUUGGUUUCCAUUUUCAUCUAUUUUGCCCGUGCGAUGUGUGCGGUAAUGGACAUUCAUGUUCACGGCAUUUCGCCGUACGAUUGA